CUAAUGUUGUGUGACAAACCCUAUUUUUCCAAUCAAUAACCAGCACCUAAACCUGUCACUGCUGCGGCACCGCAAUACAGCUAAAACAAUACGAGAACAACACAAACCCAAAGCUCUUUAAAGACAUUUGACAUUUGUUCCACCAGAAAAAAAGUCAUACAGGAAGUCACACUAACCAAAAGAGAAAGAAAAAAAAUUGAGCUCAUUUAAAUGAAGACCUUAGAUACCCUACUUCCUCUACCCAUGCUGAGCAGCGCUCGAGUUUACAUGACUUACCACCACAUCACAAACCCUCCGAAUGGGCCCGAAGCAGUUACUGCACAAGCGUGAGAGCAUGUAGAUCACUGAGGUAAUUCAUUAUGGAACACAAGAAUUCUUCAUCUUCAGACUUCAUCAUUGAGGGCCAUACAGUGUUCAGAAUAGCCAGCCUGGUGUUCUAUGGCUUCAUAUUCUGCGUGGGCCUGGUGGUGAAUCUCACUGCUAUCUGGGUCUUUGCUCUGACCACUAAAAGAAGGAGCUCCGUCACCGUCUACAUGAUCAAUGUGGCCGUGGUGGACCUUCUCUUCAUUCUGAUUCUGCCCUUCCGCAUGGUUUACUACAGCAGGGACUACUGGCCCUUUGGAGACAUGUUCUGCAGGGUCAAUGCCGCUCUGACCAUUCUCUACCCCUGUCUGGCUCUGUGGCUCUUUGCGCUCAUUAGCGCUGACCGCUACGUCGCAAUAGUGCAGCCGCGGCACAGCAAGGAGCUGAAGAACGUUAACAAGGCCAUGCUGUCCUGCGCCGGCGUCUGGAUCAUGACCCUCGGCGGUGCGGCGCCUCUACUCUUCCUCGAGGAAGAUCCGGACGCAUUCUCCAACCAUACCACCUGCAUGAAGAUGCACGACAUCGUCUACCUACGCCGAGACAACCCCGUUCACUUUGCCCGCCUGGCAUUCUUCUUCCUGGUGCCAAUGUUCAUCAUGGUGGGCUGCUACAUCGUCAUCGUGGACAACCUCGUCCACGGACGCACGUCCAAGCUCAAGCCCAACGUCAAGCAGAAGUCCAUCCGCAUCAUCAUCACGCUGAUCGUGCAGGUGCUGGUGUGCUUCGUGCCCUUCCACAUCUGCUUUGUGUUCCUGAUGCUGGAGAACACCGGCCAGGACUACAGCACAUGGGGUGCCUUUACCACCUUCCUGAUGAACAUGAGCACAGUAUUGGACAUCAUACUCUACUAUAUCGUGUCCAAGCAGUUCCAGGACAGAGUGAUCAGUGUGAUCCUGUACAGGAACUACCUGAGAAGCGUUCGCAGGAAGAGCCGACACACUGGAAGCGUUCGCUCCCUCAGUAACCUCACCAGCGCCAUGAUCUGAGGAACAGUGCUACUGGGAAUCUGCGUUCCCUUUGAACUCAAAUGUUGGAAUUUCCGAGUUCCUAAAAGGAAAUUGUGUCUGGAACGUCUCUACAGGUCGGAUUUCCUACUCAUAAAGUCGGGAGAGCCUCGUCAACUCCAAGAUCAGAAUCCAAGAUGGCUGCACCUCACUUCAGCAGUAGUGAAAGCAGUAGUAUUAUCCCAACUAAACUUUUUAUUUUUUUGGACAGUAGAAUGUUUUUUUUUUUUCCUGAAUGAUACAUUUAAUGUUGUUAGAAGGUUCAAUCUAUCAAGUUUUUGUGGAUAUUCUCAGAAUGUGUUUUUUUUUCACGUUUUUAAACAUUCUGGGUACAUCGCUGCAACGUCACUUCAAUCACUAUCAAUGUUUAAAUUUUAGUUUUGGGAAGGUUACAGGAUAACCUUCCUGGAACCUUCCUUUGUUUGCUGGGAUACAGUUUAAAUCUGUGGGACUUACCGUACUGUCCAAAUAAUGUCCAUAUCUGUCUUUAUAUUUGCAAAAUAUCAUGUACUAGGAUGUUAUCAACUGAUAUUGCUAACCUAAUAAUGCUAACCUGAGAUAAUGCUAAUAGUAAUAACUCCAGACAUAAAAUUAGGAAUUUUAUAGAAAUAUUUUGACUGGAUUUGCCUUAAAACACUGGUAAAUAAUUGUAAAACCAGCUGAGGUAAACUAAAAAAAAAAAAAAAAACGUUAGCAAGCUGUUGGUUUUGCUGUUUAUGGGGCUGGGAAGUUAACCAAAUUAAUUUAGUAAAUCUAAUUACUUUUUUAAUGUACUUUUCUAAAUAGAAUAACAGAAAAUACAGAACAUUUUAACAUAUAUGAGCUGACAAAGACUUUUCCUAAUCUGAAAUAUAAGAAUGUUACGUAUGUUUGCACUUUGUUUAUUAUGUUGUAAGGUUGAAUCUUUUUGUGAAAGAAAAAAAAAAAACUAAACUAAAACAUUUUGAAAUUAAAUGUAAAGGAAACAAAUGGUUCUUUCUAUUUACAAAUACAAGCUUAAGUUUUAUGUGUGAACGAAAAUUCAUAAUCAAAAUCGUUGAAGAAUAUCAAUAUUUGUAUAGUAAUCCCCAUUCCUAUCUGUUUAGAAGUGUUAAUAUAAUGUAAAAUGAUCAGAACACCAUUCCCAGCUCUAAUAUCUGAAGUAAAUGGAACACGGCACAUAUUGUUAUAGACAUAGACAAGAAGCCUGAGCCUGAAUAAUAAUAAUAAUAAUAAUAAUAAUAAUAAUAAUAAUAAUAAUAAUAAUAAUAAUAAUAAUAAUAAUAAAAACACUGGACAUUGCGCAGUUACACGUUUUUGUUGUUGUUUUUUUGCCACCACAGAGUUAUUUUUAAACAGAUCAGCUUCCAUUUCCUGAUGCUUGUGAUACAAGUGAUGCUUGUAGUGAAUGCACAAUGAUACUGCACAUUUGUCAAUGUUGCCUAAUAAUAAAAGUCAUUUGCCUGAUGCUUAUUGCCAUUGGACAAAUAUUGCUAAACCUACCAUUUAGGUGCAUUGUGCAUUGUGCUUAAUUUAAUGUCAUUAAAUCUGCAUUUUAUCUGCAUUUUAUUUUUGCUGUAUUCCAUUUCUGAACUGCUUUUCAACACAUUAGUCUCAUCAGUUGUAUUUCAAAUAGGGGCUGCCUAUAUUUCUACAUUUUAUAAAUGUAAAAGUCAAAUUAUUUCUUUUAAAAUCAGUUAAAGCACAGAUAUAUUCUAUUAUGACAUUGGUGAAUUGUAACUAUUACAGCUAGACCUUCAGUUCAGGUCCUAAAUGUCAAAACUAUUUGUGCUAAGCUAGAUAAUGUGUUUUUGUUGUUUUUUAUUUUGUAUGUUACUAUUCUAGAUGAAAAAGCUGUAAAAUAUGUAUUUUAACAUUUUUUUACUUGUAUAUAACAGUUUAAUUGUGCCUCUUUCAGUAAAGAUUUCAGUAAAAAGUUUCUGUUAUUAUGCUAAAAGCUGUCUGAGUUGGUUUAUUAUACAGCUCAUCGUCCAAACCAUUGAAAUAUAUAAAAAUUCCCCAUUGGGUACUGUGAUAUUUGCUUUGGAUAUUUGCUCCUACCAACUAUAAAUCAACUAUCAAUCAACUGAUUGAUUUCACAUUUCUUACUAAUUAUGUUUAUUAUGCCUAUUAUAAAAUGCAUGGCUUUAAGUAUAGCUACUAAAAAAUAACCAAUGGGAGAACUUGUUUUAUUGAAUCUCCUUAAAUUCCUUUUAAUAAUAAAUGUACCCUUUUCUUUCCAAUUAAAAUGUAAAAAAAUGUAUAAUGGGAUAAGAUGAACAAUGUAAAUCUGUAAAAGUGAUACACUAGUGCUAAAACAAAAAAAAAGAAAAUGUAAAUUAGCAUGUGUUUCCCAGCAAUCAUUUGCCCUAGGGGCCCAUCAGAGUUUCCCCUCUAAAUACUUCCCCUAUUAUUGCCCCCCUUGCCUGUAAUUCAGACCAUGUCAAUAAGUUAAAAAUAGAGGGAAAGAAGAAAGAAGUACGUUUAACUUUUGCUAAAGCUGUUAAGAUCCUGAGAUCUUAUCAUUUUUAUCUUUAUAUAAUAGCAGAAAUGGUGAGAUUGUUUUUCUUCAUAUUUUUUGUAUAUUGUAUAUUUUGUAUAUAAAUAUAUAUAUAUUUUUUUCACUUGGAUGCAUCAAUGUGUUAACUAGAACUAUCUUUAUGCAUAAACCAAGUUCAGUUGGCUCACUAAAGAGAAAGAAAGGUGAAACAAACUAAUCAUAAACUGUUGUAAAAUGUCAUCUAUAUAAAAUUACCUAUACAGAUAAUUAAAGCUCAGUUUUGCUAUAGAAACUGUUUAAAGAAGCAAUUAAAGCUUCAUAAGAAAUGCUAAUAUUUGAAAUUUUGUAAUUUGAGAUUUUCUCUUUUAUUAUACACUGUGUGGAAUGAGAUUAUUUUGAUGGUCCCACUUUAUAAGAAGUCUCUUUAAUAGGCUUGGGAAUCGAGAAUCGAUUCCUGUUGAGAAUCGAUUCCUUGUGUUUCGAUUCCACGGAAUCGUUUGGCACCUUGCUUAAUGAUUCUCUUAUCAAUUCCAGACAGCACGAUCACGCAAGUUACGCAUGUUACGCAAGUUACGCAUGAUUCAGUAAGCACGUCUUUUCAAUGGCAUCCACUAGGUUAAAACGCUCGAAAGUUUGGCUUCAUUUCAUGCUACACAAGGAUGGCAACAGGGCGUUUUGCAACCAUUGUAAAUUUUUGAUAACAUCGCCGGGAGGGAAUACAUCAAAUAUGCACAAACAUCUGCGCACACAACAUUAUUAGAGAGUAUUUGCUACAUAUUGCCAGUUGCACAUUGUUGUGGACAUGUUGACCUUGUUGUUGAGUUUGUAAGGUCGUAUGAUAUUUAAGUAAACAAAGUUGGUGCUUAUGAAACUGUUUGCUCUCCUUUUUUCCCCAAAUUGGAAUCGAUAAGAGAAUCGAUAAGGAAUCGAAUCGUUUCACAGAAUCGAUAAGGGAAUCGGAAUCGGAAAAAUCUUAUCAAUUCCCAUCCCUACUCUUUAAUGUGUAUAAAAUAGUUCAUAGUGUGUGUGAUAUUGUGUAUGUGUAAUAGUGUGUAUAUCAUCUAUUUCUCCAACAGCUUUUGUGUGGAAUGUAAUGAGGUCUGUGGUUGUUUUUGAAUAUAACAAAAAUCAUUAUUCAGAUUUUAUUAUGAGAAGCUGGACAACAUAUUUUGAUAGGUUGACAACUGACCUUUAUACACAUGUGUAAUUACAUCACAUGUACUUAAUUACUGUAAUGAAUCUGUAACAGAGUGUACUGCAGCACUAGAUACACUGUUAUUACAUGCCUAAACUUCUAUCUAUCUAUCCAUCCAUCUAUCUACAUUUAUUAGACUUAAUAUAAAUUGGGACCAAUGCACUUUAUGGCUUUUCUUAGUACUGUAUCUUAGAGUGUGUGAACUUUAUUUUUUUAUGCAUGGCUUGUUAUGUUUUUGUAAAUUCUCUACCUGAAUCCAAGCUAAAACUUACUGAAUUACUGAAGCUUUUUAAAUAAAAAAAGUAUUUGUAUCAGCAUAA